CUGUCGCCUGGCUGGGAGCUCUGCGAGGCUCUCAUUUGUCAGCCGCGCGGGGAGGAGCCGGGUGACCUUAUGCUGGCUGGAGCCUCUGCGGCCAUUAAACCCGGUCUCUUGGCUGCGCCCUGCCUCCCAAGUUCGAGAGGGCUUUACGCAGCAGAUACACCGAACUCCAGCCUGAAAUUGAGGGUCCACAGGACGAGAAAAGAUGCGCGCGUCCAUCUGCCCACAGCUGAGGAUCUCAAACUGGAUCGGAGCCGCAGGGCCAGAGCCCAAAGUUGGAGACCUGAUUGAGAUUUUCCGCCCUUUCUACAGACACUGGGCCAUCUACGUUGGCGAUGGAUACGUGGUCCACCUGGCCCCCCCAAGCGAAGUUGCGGGAGCUGGUGUGGCCAGCAUCAUGUCCACCCUGACUGAGAAGGCCAUAGUGAAGAAGGAACUGCUGUAUGAUGUGGUGGGGAGAGACAAGUACCAGGUCAAUAACAAACAUGAUGACAAGUACUCACCGCUGCCUCCCAGCAAAAUCGUCCAACGGGCGGAGGGGCUGGUGGGGCAGGAGUUGCCCUAUUCGUUGCCCUCUGAGAACUGUGAGCACUUUGUGAAUGAGCUGCGCUAUGGAGUCGCCCGCAGUGACCAGGUGCGUCCUCAGCCUGUGUCCCUGUCCGCUGGCGGUGGCUGGGCAUCAGGCCCCUAGAAGACAAACGGGUGUCACACUCGGGGUGGGGGCAAGGGUGUGGAGACGGGCAAGUCGGCGCCGUCGUGGACCAGCACGGUUGUGCACCGUGGCCCGCGACGUGAGUCACUGCCAGGGAAGAAUCCUGUGUUUUGAAUAACCAUUGGUCUUUUACCGACUUAAACAUUGCUCAAGGUGAAGAAACCACACGAGAAGUUUCCUUUUCCUGGAAACAGUUCUGAGGCUUUAACGCUGUGUAGCAUAGACAGCUCAUUUUCUGUGGUCUCAUAGAAUUUCUGUUUGUCCACGUUAAAAAAAAAAAAAAGGCAGCUUUCUUAGCAUUUCUAAUGAGGGACAGUUUUUCUCUUUCACGAUCUUCUGCUUUAAGACCUGUGCCGCAUACCAGGGGCCCUUUCUGUGAUCAGACCUCCUGUAAUUCAGCGCCAAGGCUGGGCUCACCCAGCAGCCCUGCCACCAGGAAAUCAGCCACGGUGAUGUCUGAACGUAGUGCUGACUCUGGGGCGGGUUGCGCUCCCCUCCCCCGCCCCCCGUAAAAUGUGCACUCUCAGGACUAACCAGGGCCCCCUGUCUUGUAUUCGAUUAUGCUCUUUGCCUCUGUACCGAGUGAGGCAAUUGUUUAUUUCCUUGACAAAGUACGUUUUGUAUGAAGCUGCUGCCUCAUGUGUUCUCACUCUAUGAGGUUCUGUAAAGAACUGGGGCCACAUUGUUCCUCCUCCAUUAUCUGCAGACUGUUCCUCCCACCCUGACUGAUCGUUUAGCAGGGAAAACGCUGGGGACAAGAGCUUUCGUGCCGGUUCCCCCCAGAACCACUGCUGCCACAAAGCCACGCCUGAUGACCUCUAACAGGAAGGUUAAAGACUCACUCUCGCAGUCAAACCUCAGGUCUGUAGCUUCAUCCAAACCUUGUCAUCAUGGCUUCUGGCUGCUAGGAAUCUCAGUUCUGGGUACUGUGUGCUGUAAGUGACACCGGCAUGUUUCCUGACACCGCACACAGCCAUGUAGGGCACAGUUAUGGGCAGCGCCAAGAUGUUUACAUUUUUAACCAUUGAAGACCUCCAAAUUCUUCUCUAUAAUGGUCAUGAGGGGUUUUGGCAGCCACAAGCUCUGUGCUUAGGGUAGCAAAGGCAAUGCCGACCGUGUCAGGUAAGGGUGUUAGUUUUGGGUACAAAGUUCAUAUUUUCAUCCUUUUUAUUCCUGGGAUUUGGGGUCCCUGGUCUUCACUGGAUUUCUUGGCAUAAAAUGAUGAUUAAAAAU